AUGGGCGCAUUCACCAUCCUCAUCUCGACCAUCCUAGCCCUCGGCACCACUGCUCGAACAGCAGUAGCAGCAGCCACCACCACAAACACCACAGCGACAACCAGUUCAUUCCCCAGCACCCUCAACAUCACCACCCUGACAGCCCACAACAACCACUCCGUGCUCGAAUGCUGGGCCCUCCAACCGGGCUACUCCCUCACCUCCGAGGCCGGGGUCUCCGGCAACGCCGUCCUCAAUCUGGGCCCCAUCACCGGCAACGCAACCAACAUCCUCAUCCCCGCCAACUAUGACGGCGGCCAACAUAAUGCUCCCGCGCUGCAAUGGGUGAUUUUCCUCUCCGGAGUGGCGCACAUCACGCUUCCGACCUCCGCGGACGAGGCGUGGGUGACCGGGGGCAAGAACGGGGCGAUCCUGGCGCUGGACACCCAGGAGGUGAGCGCGGAGGGCCACACGACGACGUAUCCGUCCGGUCAGAUGACGGUGGCGGUGGAGGUGCCCUUGGCGGAGGUGCCGGCGCAUCGGGUGUUGCAUUCGGGGGCUUGUGGGGCGGGGGAGGUGUUGGCGUGAUUGAGUGUAUUCGAUGGGGAUAUGACUUGGUAGGUGCAGUUGGGUU